AAUCAUAUGUCAGUUAUAAGUGACGAGGUACUGAUGCUGUGAGAUCGCAGCCCCAGACCACCACAUGUAAGAGUCUGUGCGUGUGUGUUUACAGGAAAUUUCACGUGAAGGACAUCAGCCUACACAUUCUCUGUCUUGGUCUUGCAGCUUUGACACCUUGGAUGUCAUGCAUCAUGCACAUUUCACGUCUUUGGAUAUUUUUUGUUGCUUUGGUGUCUUCAAAUGCUCAGUACCGCAGGAAAACAAGAUGCACAGAGGUCACCGCAAACGCUUCUCUCAAUUCUGAAGUCUUUCUCCCAUGUCAUUUUAAUAUAAGCCAUCUCAAUGAAACCCAGGAAGUGAAGUGGAGCUACUAUUCUGCUAGUCUUGUAAGGAUCAUGAUUAAUGGGAGAAUCUUCUUUGACAAUCCUACUGGACGAGUGAAUGUUUAUCCACUUCUGACUAAACAUGGAAACUUCUCCAUCCUCAUCCAUGAUCUGCAGUCUUCAGACCUCGGCACCUACGAUUGUAAGCUUAAAAGUGAAUGCUGGAUGGUGAAGAUCACUGAACGUCCGCACAGUGAGAUCAGAGAAAUCAAUGAGACAAACCCCUGGAUCUACUUUGCAGCUGGAGCUGGAUUGUUUACUCUCCUUUUUAUUGCAUUCGGCCUGUUAUCAAUAUUCUAUGGAAAGUGUGUGAAUACAUCAUCCAAAUCUGAUCUCAUUAAUGGUGUACAGAGUGAAGGUAUUUCCCCCCAAGAAACACAGAAUACAGGAAACAGUGGACAUGGAGACAUGAGGGGUGUGAGGAGGAACCCCACAACUGUUUAUGAAAAUGACAUACAUGCUCCACAUCCAAGUUCUGCUGCACGGCAGGGGCAACAUCCUCAGAGAGCAUUCCGACCUGCUCCUGAGCCAACUACAAGUCAUCCUUCAAUUGAGAUAUUACCAUAUUAUGUCAACCAGGCGGAGCUCUCCAUUCCAACGAAUGCUGGCAAAAAACGAAGAAGAAAAAAACAAAAUUAUCAGUUUAAAAAUCCAAUAUACAGUGACUGAAGUGAUCAGAAGUCAACGACAGAAUCCAGCUCCACAGAAUCCAGAAUUUCAGACGGUUCAAUAUCUCAAUAAAUGCUGAUGUUUAACAUAGCUCAUGGAAAUCACAUUCAUUUCAUUAAAAUAAAAUCUGUUAAGUGAAAUACACAAAUCCCCCACAAAUCUACUUUAAUGUAUUUAUUUUGAACAUACAAAAUAUGAUGCACACACAUUUUUAACUAACAGCUGCUAGUGAACAGCAUUGAAAACCUGCAGUGAACGCAGCAGUGCUAUGUAAAGCAAAAUAAAUAUGAUCUGCAUUCUUCUGACUUCCAUUUUUCCACGCUUACACUUCCAUGUUGUUUUCUCUAAAAGCACUGCAAGCCUGUGAACUGUGAUUUGCAAGUGAAAACAUCAGCUUAAAGAACUGCAAAACGGAUCUACUGCAUAGAACCAGCCUGUAUGUGUGAAAAAAAAAACUGUUGCAAAUGUCUAAAUGACUUGUUGUGCAUGUGGGGCAAAGAAAUCCCGAAAUAAACCGAUAUGUCCA